AUGGCCCGUCAGCUUCCCGCUCACUAUGGCCAGCAUUUCACACCGACGCUCCACCACAAGGCCGAGGGCCCGACACUGCCAGAAAACAAUCGUUCCUCGCCGUAUGUCGUGGUGGUUACCGGCGCCGGCAAGGGUCUAGGUGUCUACAUCUCCCUCGCGUACGCCCGUGCCGGGGUCACGGGGAUCUGCAUCUCGAGCCGUACACAGAAAGACCUCGACGCGCUGGAGAAGCAGCUGAAGGAGGUCAACCCGAAGCUAGAGAUCCUGUCGGAGAUCUGUGAUACGACGAAGCCCGAGGCCGUCAAGGCACUCGCCGAGAAGGUGCGCCAGAAGUGGCACGGGCGCCUGGACGUGGCGAUCGCGAACGCCGGGGUCAUCUCCAACUACCUGUACGACACGGACCCUCAGACCGGGGAGAAGACCAACCGGCGGCUGCCCGUGGGCAUCAUCGAGGACGACGACUUCAAGCGCGUCAUCGACAUCAACCUGCUCGGCAGCUACUACGUGGCCAAGUACUUCACUCCCGUGCUGAUCGCGCCGGAAAACCCGAGCAUCGUGAAGAGCUACGUGGUCAUCACGAGCCUCGCAUCGCAGAUGGCCGAGAGCAGCUUCGUGCCCGUGGCGUACAACCUUGCCAAGCUGGCCAACAACCGCAUGGUCGAGCACAUGGCCACUGACCACAAGGGGGACGGCCUGCUGGCCUUCGCCGUGCACCCGGGCGCCGUCGUGACGCCGCAGACCGAACGCCACUCGACCCAGCCGGGCGACGCCUGGGACACCCUGCUGACCGAAGACAUUGACUUGUGCGGCGGCUGGCUGACCUGGUUGACUCGGGAGAGGAGAGAGUGGUUGAGUGGGCGUUAUCUUGCGGUGACCUGGGAUGUGGACGAGCUGGAGGCCAUGAAGGACGACAUUGUGCGCGAGGACAAGUUGAAAUUCAGGAUGGCCGUCUAG